AUGUCUCUGAAAAGAUUCCCGAAUGCUGAAGUUGUUCCAUCGGAAAUUCUCGGUGAGAAACUGAAAUUUCCGAAUGGAAGAACUGCACAGAAUCGUUUUCUGAAAGCUGCGAUGACUGAGAGAUUGUCCACUUACGCUCCAGAAGACUUGAAAAAACAUGGACUUCCGACUGAACAUAUUCUGAAUAUUUAUGACAAAUGGGGUCAUGGACAGUUUGGAAUGACGUUGACGGCUAACGUUUUGGUUGAUCCAACAAACCUCGAAGCAGUGGGCAAUGCGAUCAUCUUCAAAGAAGGAGACAGUUCCGAAAGAAGAGUUCUCUACACCCAAUGGGCUCAGAAAAUGAAACAAGACGGAUCUCUGGCUAUCGUCCAACUGUCUCAUGCGGGAAGACAGACUCCAAGUUAUGUGAAUCCAUCGCCAUGGAGUGCUUCUGAUGUUCAACUGAAAACUCCGGAUAAUCAAUACGGAAAACCAAUUGGAUUGACUUUGGAACAAGUGAAAACUGAAGUGAUUGACAGAUUCGUGUAUGCUGCCAAGUUCUCAUUUGAAUGUGGAUUCGAUGGAGUGGAGCUUCAUGGCGCCCAUGGAUAUCUUCUCUCUCAAUUCACUUCUCUCACUACUAAUAAGAGAACUGACAGAUAUGGAGGAUCAUUGGAGAAUCGGAACAGAUUGAUUCUUGAAAUCUAUGAUGAGAUCAGAAAAGAGAUUCCAUCGGAAGACUUUUUGAUUGGAUUGAAAACAAAUUCAGUGGAGUUCCAAUCAGAAGGAACCACACUGGAAGAUGCCAAAGAAAUGUGUAGAGCGUAUGAAGAAAGAGGAUUCGAUUUUGUAGAAUUAUCAGGUGGAACUGCUGAAAAGUUCCUCUUCAACCAUGAGAGAGAAUCGACGAAGAAGCGGGAGGCGUUCUUUGCAGAGUUUGCUGAGCAGGCUAUAUUUAAGAACACAGUUGUCUAUCUGACCGGUGGAUUCCGUACAGUUGGAGCGAUGGUUGAUGCAGUUCAACGGAAUACAACACAAGGAAUCGGACUGGGACGUCCAGUUACUGCUGAACCAGAUCUCCCGAAGAAGAUUCUCAAUGGUGUCGUCCCAUCAGCAGUGAAAGACGAAUUCAAUCAGAAUGAAAUGGGGAAAACUAUCAUGGCAAGUUGCUCACAAAUCGAGCAAAUGGGAAGGAAAAGCGUGGAAACUGCGGGUGGAAAUCUAAUGGAUCAAAUCAGUGACUUCACAGAUGGGAGAUUAGUUGGAAAGUACGAUGAAGCAGUGGUGGAGUUUAUGAUAGAGUUGAAGAAGGAUUUAAGUGAAGGAAGAACUCCUAAAUCUAUUAUUGUAUUCAAUUGA